AUGUGUUCUGCGGUAGCUUUACCGAGACUGCCGGUAUUCACGCCCACCAAAUCAGUGCGUAUUGCUGUCAACUGCCGCGCUGGAAUAGCGGGGCGGGCGCCUGCCGGGACGUGCCGCUCACUGCUAGCAGCUCCGAUUCCCACUCCGUGCCCACCUCUAUCAGAAUCGCUUCAGCUCCACCACCGCCCGUCCUGCCCUCCCCGUGCGCCUGCGGACGCCCGUCGGGCAGCGGCUGUCCUACAGGGCCGCACCGGCGGCGGUGGGUGGGUGCGCCCGGCGGCGGGGUUCCCGCCCUCCCGCCCCGCCCCGUCGGCGGCUCUCGCUUUCUCGGCACUGCAGAGAGCGGGCGGCAGAGCGGCCGGAGGCUGCUGCGGCGCAGUCCCGCGUCCCAUGGCAGUGGCGGAGACGGGCGAGGCGCGGCGGAGCGCCCGGCUGAGCGCGGUGGUGCUGCUGGCGCUAGCGCUGCUGGCGCUGCUGGCCGGCCGCCGCGGUGGCGGUGAGGGGCAGCUGGCCUCCCCGCCGCCGCCGCUCCCUCUCCCGCCGGGCUUGCGGGAGGAGCUGUGGCAGAGGCAACGCGACCUGCGACGCCUGGCAGCAGCGGCGGGCGGCGGGGAGGCGUUGGAGGGCGGGUUAGGCUGCGGCGACCUGAGUCUGGCGACGGGCGUCACCGUGCUGGGCUGGGGCUUCACCAAAGUGGUGGCGCGGGCGGCGCUGGCGGGCGGUGGGGCUGUGGCCCUCAAGUCGGUGCACGGGGCGGGCCGGGAGGUGCGGCAGUGCGUGCAGCGCUACGGGGCGCCGGCGGGCUGCCGCCGCCUGGCCGCCUACAAGCUGAUGAAGGAGGUGACGCUGCUGCAGCGCCUGCAGCAUCCCGGCAUCGUGCAGCUACAAGGCCAAUGCUAUGAUAAUAGCAGAGAUCCUGAAAUAGGAGUCACAGCUAUGUUGGAGCUGGGAUCGCCCCUGGAAAUGAUUCAGCUUCUGCAGACCCCCUGGGAGGAGAGAUUUAAAAUUUGCCUGAGUCUUGUGAAACUGCUGUUUUACUUGGCACAUUCCCCCCUGGGUUCAAUAGUCCUCUUGGAUUUCCAGCCGAGGCAGUUUGUUAUGGUGAAUGGAAACCUAAAAGUGACAGACAUGGAUGAUGCCAGCACUGAGGAACUGUCGUGCAAGGAAGAUAAUGACUGCACACUCGACUUCCCUACAAAAAGCUUCCCUCUCAAAUGCUCUGCAGUUGGGAAAUGUGAAGGAAUAAAUGAAAAGAAGAAUCUUUUCAAUGCAUACCGGUAUUUUUUCACCUACCUCUUGCCACACUCUGCACCAGCAGCUUUGCAGCCCUUUUUGAGUGACAUUCUGAAUGCAACAGGUGAUUUACGAUACGGAAUAAAUGAAACUCUCAAAGCUUUUGAAAAGGUUUUACAUCUGUACAAGUCUGGGCUCUACUUGCAGAAAAGACCUCUUCUUUUAAAAGACUACAUCUCUGUGAAGGGCUUCCGAAUAGCGGAAGGAGGAGACUACAAGUGCUGGCCCUCCUACAGCCACCUGGGAUGCCUGCUCUCCGUUCACAGUGCUGAGGAAGCUGCUGCAAUUUGCAACUCCCAAUCCCGGUGUCAAAGUUUUAUCAUCACCCAGGAGAGGACAUGGACAGGACGCCCUCUUGCCUCGUUUCAGAGCAGCCUGACUGAUUUAAUACCAGAUGCUAAUGCUGUAGUCUAUAUUAAACAAUCGUCUUCCUCAGGAGAAAGACUUUAA